AUGAACUCAGCUGCCUCCUGGAUGUUUCUGUUCCACUGAGGAUUAAUUUACCAUGCUUUCCCCCCCCCCCAUUUUCCCCUCCAUCCUGCAAAAACUUUUUAUUAUUAUUUUUUUUUUGCAAGAAACACAGCAUGAAGUUAUUGCUGAGAAACAUAAGCAAAAAGUUUUAGCACAGCGGCUCUGUCUCUUUGGGACACGUUAGAAAAUUCUGAAGCAAGCAGAAGCAUAUGGGGAGAUAUAUAGCACUGCGGGGCUUCCGUGAGAUCCCGGAAUCCCAGGAGGAGAAUUUACAUUCAGAAAUGCUGAAGUGAAAAAUCCUCCUGGGUCAACAUCUUGGAGUUAAGCUCCGAAGAACUUUUUUACGUCUGGAAGAAUUCGCUUCUCAAAACCACUCUUUGGCCGGCAAGUAUCCUGAAGGAUGGAAUAAGGUGCUAUGAAUAGAAGCCCUGCUCUGCUUCAGGCAUUUAAAAUUUAACUCGAAGGAUCAUGUGUUGGGUGCAAUGAGGACCACAGAGGACUUCGAGGAGACUCCUGCCGCACUAAGCCCUAACAGGACCCCCAAAGGCAGGUACAUUUAUCUGGAAGCGUUCCUGCAGGGAGGAGCUCCCUGGGGCUUUACUUUGAAAGGUGGCCUGGAGUACGGGGAACCAUUAAUCAUCUCUAAGAUUGAAGAAGGGGGCAAAGCAGACCUGGUGAGCUCCAAACUGCGGGCCGGGGACGAGGUGGUGCACAUCAACGAGGUGGCGCUGAGCAGCUCCAGGAGGGAGGCCGUUUCCCUGGUGAAAGGAUCCUACAAGACCCUCAGGCUGGUGGUACGCAGAGAUGCGUGUGCAGACCCGUGCCCUGCAGGCACUGGCACAUCUGACUCCAGCCCAGAGCACCUCGCCAAGCACAGGAAAGCAGCAUCGUCAGGAGGGGCUAAGAUUCGGCUGAAGCACAGACGCAGUGACCCUGCAGGCCGACCUCACUCUUGGCAUUUAACCAAAUUUGGGGAGAACCAACCAGAUGCCAGCAUGAUGCAGAUAACUCCGGGCACGAUUGGCACUCCUUGGCCCCAGAGAUACCAUUCCAGCUCCUCUACCAGUGACCUCUCCAACUUUGAUCAUGCUUAUCUGAGGCGAAGCCCUGACCACUGCAGCUCCCAGGGGAGCAUGGAGAGCCUGGAGCCCAGUGGGGGAUACCCACCUUGCCAUCUUCUUUCUCCUGCCAAGUCCACCAGCAGCAUUGACCAGCUCAGCCACCUCCAUAACAAGAGAGACUCAGCCUACAGCUCCUUCUCCACCAGUUCUAGCAUCCUAGAGUAUCCACCCCCUGGCAUCUCUAGCCGGGAGCGGUCAGGCUCCAUGGACACCACUUCUGCUCGGGGUGGCCUCCUAGAAGGGAUGAGGCAGGCAGACAUUCGCUAUGUCAAGACAGUCUAUGAUCCCCGGAGGGGAGUCUCAGCCGAGUAUGAGGUGAACUCUUCAGCCCUGCUUCUCCAAGAUAGGGAGGCCCGAGCAUCAGCAGAUGGUCAGGGCUAUGAUAAAUGGCAUGUUCCUCGGGGCAAGGGAGCACCACCCCCAUCCUGGAGCCAGCAGUGCCCCAGUUCCUUGGAGACUGCCACUCCCAACCUUCCUCCUAAAGUGGGUGCACCCCUGCCCCCAGCUCGGAGCGACAGUUAUGCAGCCUUUCGGCAGCGAGAACGACCCAGCUCUUGGUCUAGCCUUGAUCAGAAGCGGUUCUGUCGGCCUCAGGCAAACCCUGCAGGCUCCCUGAAAUCUCCCUUCAUAGAGGAACAGCUGCACACUGUGCUAGAGAAGAGUCCAGAGAACAGCCCCCCAGCAAAGCCCAAGCAUAAUUACACCCAAAAGGCCCAACCUGGCCAGCCUCUGCUGCCGACUGGCAUCUACCCGGUACCUUCUCUGGAGCCACACUUUGCUCAUGUGCCCCAGCCUUCUGUGAGUAGUAACGGCACGCUCUACCCAGCACUGGCCAAGGAGAGUGGGUAUACAACUCCUCAUGGAGCUUGUGACAAGAUGGCUACCUUUGACGAGAACGGGAACCAAAAUGGAUCUAGCAGGCCUGGGUUUGCCUUCUACCAACCUCUAGAACAUGAUUCAGUGUCCCCAGGAGAGAGGAAACCUGAAACCUCAGCCAAAUGUGUCCCCUACAAAGUCCAUUUCCCUUCAGUACCUGAAAAUGAGGAGGAUACCUCCCUGGAGAGACAGCUUACACCUCUCCGAGGCAACAGCUCACAUCCCAAUGAAAGAAAGAGCACCCACAGCAACAAACCAUAUUCUAAUUACCACAGCCUCAAAUCCCCUCAGGCCUGGCAAGUGGGUGAAGACAAGAGAUCUUCCAGGCCCUCAGAGCCUUGGGAGGGUGAUUUACAUGAAGACUACAAUGCCAACCUGCAGCAGAGGCUGGAGAGGGAAAGCCUAGGCCAGAGCCUGUCGAACAACUUUGGCAGGACCAAGUCAGCCUUUUCCUCUCUCCAAAACAUUCCUGAGAGUCUAAGAAGGCAAAGCAGCUUGGAGCUAGGAGGAGGAACCCAGGAGGGCUACCUGGAGAGCCAGUCUACCUUUGUAGUCAACAACAAAGUAGAAGACUCUGGAAAGAAAGCUGUUCCUGACCACAGGAGCCAUCUGGACAGGCCAGUUUCCUAUCCAAGACCCGAGGUGAGAACCAGUGCCUUGGUCUCUUUCUCCAGUUCAGAGUCAAGGUACGGAGACCCUCCUUCCCCACCCCACCAACAGACAUCCAGUCUGGGCAGGAGGCGGCUCAGCUCCAGCAGCACUUCGGCUCUGCAGGGCUUUCAGUAUGGGAAACCCCACUGCUCUGUGCUGGAGAAGGUUUCCAAGAUCGAGCAGCGAGAGCAAGGGAGCCAGAGACCCCCAAGUGUGAGCAGCUCUAGUUAUGGCCAUAACUACAGGCCCAACAGGACACUUGCAGCUUCUAAUACUUUUGGGAAUGACUUUGAGGAGACAAAAGCCAAUGUCCGUUUUUCUGAAUCCACUGAACCCAUAAGCAAUGGGGAGCAGCACUUCAAAAACGAGGAGUCAAAGCUGGAAGAGGUUUCCUGGCAGCCUUACGGUCAGCAGUUGAGGAGGGGUGCCGAUGUCGGCCGUGGCCCCCAACUUCAAGGCAGUGAGCCCCCGAGGCGGGACACCCACCUUAUGCGCAGCCAGAGCACCUUUCAGCUCUUCAGCGAGGGGGAGAAGGAGCCAGUGUGGCUGGAUGAGAGGCCCGGCACGCCCGAGUCACCGGUGCUGGAUGCCCCCUUCAGCCGUGCCUACCGGAACAGCAUCAAGGACGCGCAGUCCCGUGUCCUUGGGGCCACCUCCUUUCGCCGCCGAGACCUCGAGCUGGGGACACCCGCAACUUCGAGACCCUGGCGCCCGCGGCCCGCCUCGGCCCACGUGGGGCUGAGGAGCCCAGAGGCAGCGGCUUCGGCCUCUCCGCACACCCCUCGUGAGCGGCACAGUGUGACCCCCGCUGAGGACGGGCCUGCCCAACCGGCUCCCCCUGCCGCCCGAAGGGGGCCGCGCCGGCGUCUGACCCCUGAGCAGAAGAAGCGCUCUUACUCAGAGCCUGAGAAGAUGAACGAGGUGGGGAUCUCGGAGGAGGCCGAGCCGGCGCCCUUGAGCCCACAGAGGAAGGGGCUGCGGUUCCCGGACAGCACGGUAGCGGACCGGCGCCGCAUCUUCGAGCGCGACGGCAAGGCCUGCUCCACGCUCAGUCUGUCGGGCCCGGAGCUGAAGCAGUUCCAGCAGAGCGCACUGGCCGACUACAUUCAGCGCAAGACUGGCAAGCGGCCUUCUUCCGCCGCUGGCUGCAGCUUCCAGGAGCCCGGGCUGCUGCGGGAGCGCGCCCAGAGCACCUACAUGCAGCCUGGCCCCACGGCGCCUGAAGGCCCCAGCCUCGCCUCGGCCUCCAGCCUUUGCUCGCUGUGGGAGCCCAGUCUGCAGCCCCGCAGGGAGGCCGUCCUCCUGCCGGCCGCAGCAGUGGGAGGCGUGGGGGAGUCCCUGCGGGUCCCCAGAGAUCGAAGCAGCUCUUUUGCUGGAGGCCGCCUCCUAGGGGAACGGCGACGUGGGGACCAAGCCCCGAGGGAGCAGCUCAGUGGAGCUAAUAACUAUGGACCAAAGGGCACCCAGAGGGUGGACAGGACCCCUGGGGAGCCCUCCCCUUGGGGAGCCGCGGCCAAGAGGUCUGGGAAGUCCAUGUCUGCAGAGGACCUGCUGGAGCGCUCGGAUGUCCUGGCAGUCCCCGUCCAUGUGAGAUCACGGUCCUCUCCCACCGCAGACAAGAAGCGUCAGGAUGUGGUUUUGGGGGAAAACAACAGCUUUGGUCUUAUGAAGGAUCCAAGCUAUUUGGCUGGCCCUGGGUCCAGGUCACUCAGUAGUUCAGAAAGAGGCCGUGAAGACAUGCCGUUGCUCAAACAUCAUCCUAGCCCUCGUUGGGGUGGUUCAGGCUGCAAAGCAGUUGGUGGUGCCUCUGCUCCCAGCAAAUGUCCUGGACCCCUGGACCCUCAGAGGCAGGCUAGCAGAGCAACACCUUGCCCUGGGCUGCUGCCCACAGGAAUGCCAGGGCAUCUCACAGACACCAGGGCUGCACCCCUGACCCCACUCGGCUCAGCUCUGCCUUCCCCUGUUCCCUCAAGUUCACAGGCUGCAACUGAUCAACUGACUGGAAGGGACAGUCAGACAGGGCAACAGCCUCUUCUGCCCUACGCCCCAGCAGUGACGCACAGAAGCAAUGGGUACAGCCUGGUCCAGCCUGCAAGUCCAAGAGGCCAUGAGCCCAACAGCCCAGAGCAUGGGAUAGAAGAGGCAACAAGGCGGCAGGUCUCGGUGCCUCAGCUGCCUGCCCCGCCUCGGGUGAAGUGGGCCCACGCAGUCAGAGAGGACAGCCUCCCUGAGAACUCUUCAGCACCUGAGUUUGCAAACCAGAAGCACUAUAAAACACAGCAGUCUCUUCCAAGCUCAAGCAACACUCUUGAGGACACGCCUCUUGGGACGCCAAGCACUCCAGGGAGGAUCUCCCUUCGAAUAUCUGAGUCAGUCCUGCAGGCCUCCCCACCACCUCGGGAGGACUAUGAUGAUGAAGUGUUUGUGAAGGACUUGUACCCCAGUGCCACUUCUAGUCCCACAUUUGAACUGCCCCCACCCCCACCGCCUCCACUGAGCCAAGACGCCCCAGUGAAUAGCUUGGACGACUUUCCUCCACCUCCUCCCCAAGCUGUGUAUGAGGCAGAGCUGGACAGUGAGGAUUACAAGGAGCCCCGUACCAGCAGCUACAGUGAAUUUGCCAAGGUGACAGUUGCCAAGGAAAGGCCCGUUCCUGGUACAGUCCAUUUGGUUGGUAGUCAGAUACCAGCUUCCAGAUCCCAAACUUCUGUCAAGGGUUCAGAGGCCAAUGAGACCCAUCCACCCUCCAGCAUGGGUGCUCUGCCCCAACCUGAUGGGGCUCUUGGCAAGCAGCCAAGUCCUGGGCAGCCACCUCCCAUCCACAACUCAGUCUGUGGGACUCAGGGUUUAGAAAAGAAUGUCAGUUCUGGCCCUCAGAAGACCUCAGAAGAUAUCAGAACAGAGGCUCUGGCCAAGGAAAUUGUCCACCAAGACAAAUCUCUGGCAGACAUUUUGGAUCCAGACUCCAGGAUGAAGACAACUAUGGACCUGAUGGAAGGUUUGUUUCCCCGAGAUGGUAACUUGCUAAAGGAGAAUGGCAUAAAGAGAAAGGCCAUGCAGAGAACUGUCAACUGCGCAGGAUAUGAAAACAAGAGGAGUGAAGACAAGGAAGCAGUGGGCAUAUUGGUCAACUGCCCUGCCUACUACAGCGUGUCUGCCCCCAAGGCCGAACUUCUGAACAAAAUCAAAGAUAUGCCAGAAGAGGUCAAUGAGGAAGAGGAGCAGGUGGAUGUCAAUGAAAAGAAGGCUGAGCUCAUUGGAAGCCUCACCCACAAACUUGAGACCCUCCAGGAAGCGAAAGGGAGUCUGCUGAUGGACAUCAAGCUCAAUAAUGCCUUGGGGGAAGAGGUGGAGGCUUUGAUCAGUGAACUCUGCAAGCCCAAUGAGUUUGACAAGUACAAGAUGUUCAUCGGGGACUUGGACAAGGUGGUAAACCUGCUGCUCUCCCUCUCAGGGCGCCUGGCCCGUGUGGAGAAUGUCCUGAGUGGGCUUGGUGAGGAUGCCAGUAACGAAGAAAGGAGGUCUCUCAACGAGAAGAGGAAGGUCCUGGCUGGGCAGCAUGAAGAUGCCCGGGAGCUCAAGGAGAACCUGGAUCGAAGGGAACGUGUGGUGUUGGACAUCCUCGCCAAUUACCUUUCAGAGGAACAACUCCAGGAUUACCAGCAUUUUGUGAAAAUGAAGUCAACCCUCCUCAUUGAGCAGCGGAAGCUGGAUGACAAGAUCAAGCUAGGCCAGGAACAAGUCAAGUGUCUGCUGGAGAGUCUCCCCUCAGAUUUCAUUCCCAAGGCAGGGGCCUUGGCUCUGCCCCCAGACCUCGAGAGUGAGAUGGCUCCUGCUAGGGGGUGUACUUUAAGUGGUGUUUUCCCAACAUUAACCUCUCCGCUUUAACCUCUUCUAAAAGACCCAACCAAAAGUUCACCCUUUCUCUCAACACUAUUUAAUCUGAAAACUAUUUCAGUACAAACCACCGUUUAAACUCUAUGGGUCAUUGGGGUUUUUCUGGAUAAAAGGAAAAAAUUCUAUUCAGGAAAAAGCCUGGUUUUUUUUUUUUUCCUUCUCGCCCUAGGUGAUUGAUCUGAGAGCUUAAAUGCUGCUGGGAACUUACCCCUUUCUAUUCUCACUUUCUAGUAGAAGGAAUAUUAAUGAAACUGUGAGAACUGAUUGGAGGGCAUUUGAUUGAUCGUUUAGUUUUUAUAACAGGCUGAGGCAACAUAGAUGAGUGUGUGUCACCCUCAGGAAUGUAUCCACAGUGGCCUUCCUUGCUUGUGGGCAGUGUGUCCUGACGACAGAUACAAGUACUCAUUAAUGAAGUGUCUGCAACAUAAAGCCUUAAAAAGAAAAACACACAGAAGAAAACUGUAAAACCUUGAACACUGUUAUUUAUAUUUUUUAAAAUGAAAAAGAUCAUUAUGUUUGUGUGCUAACCACUUAUUUGAUUCUGUUUUGUGGUGGACGUAGAAAAUUGCGUUUGAGCUUUGUAUUUUGUGAAAACCUUAAUGAAAUGAAGAAUUCCAAAGAUAGUCACAUUGAGUGUGGAGACUUUUAUUUUUUCCUUCAACACUUGGCUUGUUGGUCUUACUUGUACAACACGAGCAGAACUUCAACACUUGUGUUAAAAUUUGUAAUGGGGAAUCCCAGUUUCCACAGCUGCCAGUCCUCACCACUUUCCUUCUGCAACCAACAGGAACACUACACCUUCCCCAGGAAGAAGUUUUUGUGCAACAUGGCUAUCACAUCAUUUCCUAGUGCUUCAUGGCAUUACCACUGUGCUGGGGAGACAGCUUAAUUUUACUAACAAGGACAACGGCUCUCCAAUCUUUAUAUGAGGAAAGUCAGAAACCAAACCAAUUAAAAACUGUAUUCAUGCUGUCCUCCUUCAUGGGAUUUGGACUAAAUGUAGCCUGUUUUAAGAGAUAUACUAUGAGGCUGUUUUAAUGAUGCUUUAAAAAAAAAAAAAUAGCACACGAGAGGGGGUAGCGUUAGAGGGAG